AGCUCCAGUCCAGCUCCAUCAAGCGAGUAACCGACGUCAACGCCAGCCCGCACAACAACCACCAUCUUCUCACCAUCAUCCUCCCGUCGCCGUCGUCACCACCACAUCCAACCCCCUACAACCGCAAAGAUGUCAGGAACAGGAAACCGCGAAGCCGUAUUCGCAACGCGGCAGUCACUGGGGCUAAUGAAGUCGAAGCUGAAGGGCGCCGAGAUCGGGCACUCCCUCCUCAAGCGCAAAUCCGAAGCGUUAACAAAGCGCUUCCGGGACAUCACGCGGCGCAUCGACGAAGCGAAGCGCAAGAUGGGGCGAGUGAUGCAGAUCGCGGCGUUCUCCUUGGCCGAGGUGACAUACGCGACUGGGGGCGGGAACAUCGCGUACGAGAUCACGCAGUCGGUGCGUACAGCGCGGUUCCGGCUGCGCACGCGGCAAGAGAAUGUUUCCGGCGUGCUGCUGCCCGCGUUUGAGGCGUUCGUUGUUGAGGGGGAGAGAGGCGCUGGAGGCGAUUUUGCCCUGACGGGGCUGGGGAGGGGUGGCCAGCAGGUCGCCAGGGCGAGGGAGGUCUAUGGUAAAGCGGUUGAGACCUUGGUAGAGCUUGCGAGCCUGCAGACCGCAUUUGUUAUCCUUGAUGAUGUUAUCAAGGUUGUCAACCGUCGUGUCAAUGCCAUCGAGCAUGUCAUCAUCCCCCGGACGGAGAAUACUAUCAAGUAUAUCAACAGCGAGCUGGAUGAGUUGGAUAGGGAGGAGUUCUACAGGCUCAAGAAGGUGCAGGGGAAAAAGCAGAGGGAUGGCGAGGAGAAUGAUAAGGCGAUUGCGAAGAGGCGGCUGGAGUUGGAGGAGAAGGGACAUGAUGACAAGGAGGGCGGCGAGGAUGUCCUGGGCGAUUCGAAGGAUGAGGAUCUUAUCUUUUAGUCGGCGGUGGAUGGGGGUUGAUGAUUGUGUUGGACUGACUGUUACUCUUUUUUCGGAUGGGGCUUUCUCCUCCCCUUCUUGUAAUUACUGUGUAAAUUACACAUCUUAUACCCGGCGGUAUGGUGCACGCACUUUGACGUUUACAAACAAAAUCACAGUCGUGAGAUGAAUGCGUACCAUUUCACCGAGUGAUACCUGUGUCUCGCCGCCGCACAUUAUGUGAUCAAACCAAGGCUGGCAUCAAAAUGCCGAAUUACAGCGUCCAAACAGGGCUCAAUUAUCCCGUCCAUAUCAUCCCCUCUUGCCUCCUUCCUCCUUCCUUCCUUCC